AUGGCUACAAGAUCGCAAGGAAACCGUCUAAUAGUUUUGGUGGAUUGCACCAGAGCAUACAUACGUAGCAGGAUACGUGCAGUGUUGGAACAGUCAUCGAGCCGGCUGUCCUGGCAGAGCACCAUGGCAUCCAAGCUUGCUGGAAAAGUAGCAAUUGUCACAGCAUCAACAGCAGGGAUUGGCCUUUCGAUCGCGCGUCGGCUGGGCCGCGAUGGCGCGCGCGUGGUCGUCAGCAGCCGCAACCAGCAGAACGUGGAUGCCACAGUCAGCGCGCUCAGCGAGGAGGGCCUGGAAGUGUCCGGCGUCAAGUGUCACGUGGGCAACCCGUCAGAGAGGCAGGCACUCGUGGAGCGGGCGCUGGAGAAGUAUGGUGGUAUCGAUAUCCUUGUGUCCAACGCGGCCACCAACCCAGUGUUUGGCGGUCUCCUUGACUGCCCGGAGGCCGGCUGGAACAAGAUCUUCGACGUGAAUGUCAAGUCAGCGUACCUGCUGACAAAGCUGGUGGUGCCGUACAUGGAGCAGCGCGGUGGCGGCUCCAUCGUCUUCAUCGCCUCUGUGCUCGGCCAAAUCCCGAACUCGAUGCUGGCCGCCUACUCGGUCAGCAAGAUGGCUCUGCUCGGCGUAAGCCAGGUCUACUCUAAGGAGUGUGCGCCCAAGAACAUACGGGUCAACGCGGUGGCACCAGGCUUCAUCAACACCAAUUUCAGCUCUGUCUUGGUGAACACGGAGUCGAUUCGGACCGGGAUCGAGAACAGCAUCUACAUGCGCAGGAUUGGGGAGCCGGAUGAGGUUGCCGGCAUCACGUCCUUCCUCUGCUCCGACGACGCCUCGUACAUCACCGGCGCGGUGAUGAACGUGAACGGCGGCCUAGGCGGACACCAUGGGCAGCAGCUCGCUGUAGUGUCCACUGUCCGAGCUUGA